AUGACGCUGAUAACGGGCAGUUGGCUAUUGGACGCUGCGUUGCCGUUGCUGUUGGUACCAUUGCUUUACUGGUACGCGACGCGGAAUUUCGACUUCUGGAAGAAGCUGGGAAUCCCCUACAUGAAGCCCAUUCCCUACGUAGGCAAUAUGGGCAGCGUGGUGAGCGGUCGGAAGCACAUGGGGGAACCAGUCUUCGAAUGCUACCGCAAGGCCGGAGACGCUCCGUUCAUGGGCAUGUUCGCCUUCGACAAGCCCAUCCUCUUGGUGAAGGACCCUGCUCUCAUAGGACGCAUCAUGACCACUGACUUCUCCACGUUCUACGCCACAAAUGCUAAAAUCGACCCAGUGACUGACCCGGUCUUCGCCACCUCUCUUUUUGGCCAACAUGGCACUGAAGUGCAGCUGAAGGACGUCAUGGCUCGUUAUACGACCGACGCGGUUUGCUCUAUCUUCAUGGGAGUGGACGCUAACUCUCUCGAGAACCCAAAGUCUCCGUUGCGAGAGCACGUGCGGCGAAUCUUGAGAGAGACCGUCGUUGGAAGGAUCGUCACCACGCUGGCGUUCUUCGCUCCACAGAUCCUGUCCGCACUCCGCAUCCGACUUGGCAGCAAGAAAGUAGAGGACUUCUUUGUACAAAACACUGUUAAGCUAAUAGAGCACCGGAAGGAAACUGGGAUUGUUCGGAACGACGUAAUUGACAUGCUCACGAAAAUAAAGGAAGAGCAGCCAGAGGGCGAUAACGAGCAACUCAAGCUGACGAACGAGCUCAUCGCAGGCCAGCUGAUGUCGUUCUUGGCUGCUGGCUUCGACAACUCGUCUUCGACACUGGCCUUCGCCCUGUUCGAGCUGGCGUGGAACCAGAGUCUGCAGGAGGAGGUGCGCCAGCACGUGCGCCACGUGCUGAGCAAACACGGCGGCCACGUCACGUACGAGGCUGUCACGGAGAUGACGGACCUCACCAACGUCGUCAGCGAGACGCAGAGGAAGUACCCCACAGUGAAUUUCCUGAACCGCGAGGCGUCUCGCGACUACAGGAUAGAAGGGACGGACAUCGUGCUGCCCAAGGGCACCGCUGUCUUCGUGUCGGUGGCCGGUCUCCACUCCGACCCCAAGUACUGGAAGGAGCCGCUCAGGUUCUGGCCGGACCGCUUCAGAGAGGAGAACUCCAGGGACCGCCCAAGCCACACGUUCAUGCCAUUCGGCGAGGGUCCCAGGAUGUAUGAGACUCGCGUACAUGCAAGUGAAAGUGGCUCUCGUGCACAUUCUCAACAACUUCGAAGUGCACCCAGCGCCUUCGACCCCUACCACUUUGACUUACCAUCCAUCCAGCUGCAGCUGCUGGCGCACAGUGCCGGGCAGGUAGGAGGUGGGGGAACGCAGCAGCUGCCGGCGCAGGCGGGACCUCCGGGUCCUCCACUCUGUGCUGUAAACAUUCGCCCCUGA